UAAAAGAGGCGAGUGUAGUGGACAGAUUGUGUUAUUUUGUCGAGUACCUGCUUACUAAGCAGGAUGUAAGAGGACACUCAGUCUAUUUUUAUAGCUGAACACUAUAUAAUUCAACAUAAGACUUCUGACAGAACAUCUACAUGAAAGCUCUUCUUGUAAACGCACCAUCUUCCUGAGGACUGCCAUAGAAACUGCUCCAUGGUAAGUGGUGCAACUGAAAAACACUCUGGAAGGCGAGGGGGCUGAAUCAACGCAGAAGAAAUUCAUCCAACAAAGUUUUAAAGAAAAAUCGUUGAUCUCGGGAUCAAAACCUACAAAAAGAUAGACCACCACUGUUCCUGAGUAACACGUCAUUGAAAGCCAAGGCUGAAACAUAUUCCAAUGGAUAUCUUAAGGGGCCUCCUGUUUAUCAUUGCUCUGCAUCACUCCACAUUCUACACCCAUGCUGAUCAGACAUCAAUCAAGAAAAAUAAAUCAGUUAACAAGCCUCAUGGACGGCACGUGGCGAACAAGAGAGGGUGGUCUACAUUAUUUGACCCACACGGCGGGAACAGUUCAUACCCAAACAUUUCGACGGCUGUCCAUUUGAGACAAAAUGUCUCUCAGACUGAGGCAACAAUCGCAUCUUUACAUCCAGUAGAAACUAUUCGAGGAGAAAAGAAAAGAAAACGAAGAAGGAAAAAGAACAUGAAAAAGAUGCUCAAGAAAUUGCGAAGUGGAAGUCUCGUGGGGCACAAAGAAUCGCCUUCUACGAAGAGAAAAUGUAGAAACUGGAGCCAAUGCAAGAAAGACGAGUGUUGUAUAAGAUAUAGUGUCAAUAGAGGAUUCUGUAAGCGAAGACCCCAAAAGGGACAAAGAUGCAAGCCUGUUCUUUUGCCUGGUCUGAGAGAUUGUCCAUGCGACGAAGGUCUAACCUGCACCCGUUACAGAACGACGAAAUGGGGUCAGAAAAAACACAGAUGUGAACGUUUAAGAAUUAGUGAGGAAGAGGAAAAAGAGCAAAGGUAUUCUACUGGAUUAAACAAGAGAACUAACAAACGAAAUACGAAAUAAGAUCAAAGUGACUUUUCAAGUGGAGCCGAGUACAGGCCUGAUGGAAAUGCAUCAAUAUGAAAUGUGCCAGAUAAAGAGUUAAACUUAACCACUGAACCAGUCCCGUCAUAAUUACGAGGUGGCCCUCAUUACCUUCAGCGUUUUCAUUGAUGACCUUGAAAAUAGCAAAGAAAGAAGAACUACUCCAAAUUAGCCACAUUGCAUGUUGCUCUGUUCCCUCCCAUGCAAAAUACUUGCAAGUAGCUUAAGUAAGUUACUGUUUUACCACAGAUCGAUUCAUUUGGCUGCGACGUAGAAACUGGAUUUAGAUAAAUGGAAACCUAAAAGAUUUUGGUUUUCCAGUGCAGCUUAAGACCGAAGAAGUAAGACCAGACCAAAGUGUAGCUAGAGUGAUAAGGGUUGACGAAGAUUAACACGCAUUUCUAACGAUGAACACGAAAAAUUUAAGAAUAAAAGUUCUGUUCUUCUACGUAAACUAGAACAGCCGGCCCCUAGAGGUCACCAAAUGCCAGUCGAUUGACUACUUUAUUGAACAUUUGAAUGAUCUCAUGUGUUAUUGAACUUCUAGUUUUCACAAAAGGUUGGCGAAAACUAAGAAACGUAAAUUAUAUUUUCUACUGCGUUGACGUUAAAUGGUUAUGAAACUUUUUGAAAUUAUGAUGGAUGCCUGCUAUCUAACUUGAAAUGAUUGCUGAAUUUAUAGGUACUUGAACGGAGAAAAUUUCGGUUAUAUCGAAAUCAGCAAAUUUACCGAAGUAUUUUCAGGAUUGUGCUGCGCAACGAGCAUUCGCUAACGAAUUAAGAAAACCUUAAUAAUUAACAAUGAAAAGAAAAAGGUAGGAAAAUACGAAAAUGAUGAGAACUGUGAAAACUGAAAAUCUCGCUUAGAGCUUUCAAAGUUGUGAGAUUUGCGAUCAAUCCUGGACAUACCUCUAAAAAUAGGACGUAAAAGAUCUUGAAUGGGUAGACUCAUUGAAAUUCGUUUUAAUCGAUGUGGUCUUUUUCUCUGCUCUCGUGACCUUGGUGACGAAGCCAAACCUAGGCUACGAAGACCGAAACCGAUUUAGCAGGUCUCCGUGAAUCUCGACCACUUUUAUCGCGAGAAUGUUUUGACGACCCUUUAUUCGCAAGGGGUGUUAUUCAUUCAACAGGUACUUACGUACAACAUAUUUAUCAUGUACCAAGUUGAUCACAGGCACUAACGAUAUUAAGAUGAUAUGUUAAGAAAGAAAUGAGUUUCAAGUACGCUUGGUAAAGCUGUGUGAUAGACAUGGAAAUCAAUUGGGUUAUUAAUAAGCCACGACUGAGAGCUGGGGUUUUUUAUUUGUUUUGCUUUUGAUCAUAUAUGCGAGAACAAUUGUAGUCUAACAGCAAUUGUAAUUGGUGGCUGUAAAUAUAGAAUAAAAACUGUAACGUAAAUUGUUCAGUAGCUUGGCUUCCAUCGACAAACCUGGACUUUGGAUUACAAGAGUAAGCAAACUAAGAAGAGAAAAUGACAUAGUGUUGCUAGUAGAAGCAUAAAAAUGGCGCAUGUGAACCUGGUUUGUUUGGGCAGUGAUCUUAACUGAAAAGUGAGCUUGGAAAUCAGUAAUGUAUGCGAUACUUAGGGACCAGUUUUGCCAGGGGAAAUAACACAUAGAAUAAAAGCACUUGGUAAACUCACAUAGACACUGUGCAAAUGUUACUGAAGUUAUGAUUCCUACAUCGGGCAAUUGACCACUAUGUGGCCGGCAACCGACCUCAGUAAAAGAAAUAAUUAUUUAUUGCAAGUUGCUAGUCCAAGGUAA